AUGACAAAUCUCCAGACCAUUGGUGUCAUGUCCUACGUCUGUGAUCGUUACGAGAUGUUCAUUAAUGGUGGUGUUGCUGCACAUUCGAAUGUAGAUGAUAGCGAUGACGAAUCGGAAUCACAGACCACACAACAAGAUGUUAGAAAACGAAAUUUGGUGCGUGAGAACAUUCGUUAUAAAUCUAUUGUUAGCAAUGCCGAUAAGUAUUGGGUAAAGACAAACAAGAGAACAUUCCCAGCGGAUCGUAUGACACUUGCCUAUGUGACCCCAUGGAAUUCCGGUGGCUACGAAGCAGCAGAGUUGUUCAGCGGUAAGUUUACACACGUCUCACCGGUAUGGCACCAGAUUGCACUCAAAGAUAAAGUGAUCUCACUACAAGGCACACACGAUGUCGAUAAAAAGUGGAUAGCAAGAGUCAAAGCCAAUGGAAAAACAAAAAUAGUACCACGUUUCAUCUUGGAGGGAUUCAAUCCAAACACUCUGAACAGUGCAUUCAGAGAAGCAAACUCACUCAUUAAAUCAAUCAUUCAAUUCAUUACUGAUUACAAUUAUGAUGGUAUGGUUUUAGAAGGUGUCAUUCCAUACUUUGAUAUCGAUAGAAAUAUAAGAAAUCACUUUGUUGAAAAGCUUUAUAAAGAAAUGAAAUCUAUCAACAAACAAUUGAUUUUAGUUUCACCAGUAUGUUUAAGAUUCAGAUUAUAUAAAGAUAUUUUAUCAUUAAUUCUUACUCUACUUUGUUUGUUAUUUACAAAGCCUUUAGGAACAAAGUUGGUACAUGUAGAAGACUUAAUAGUGUUGGGUGGUAAUUGUGAUGGAAUUUCAAUGAUGACAUAUGAUUAUGAUCCAAACAGAGGUCAGUUGGCACCGUUGGAGAUGUUCCAAUACGCCGUACAGAGUUUGGAGCAGACUGGAAAGUUUACAAUGUCAAAGCUUAUGUUGGGUUUACCGUUCUAUGGUUACACUGGAGUGUUUGGAAAGGAAGCGAGUCCAAUACUCGGUAGACAGUAUAUCGAGUUGCUAAAGAGUCACAAGCCAAAGAAGAUCAGCUGGGAUACAUCAACUCACGAACAUACAUUCACCUACAAAAACAAUCAGGGUAAUGAGCAAUGGGUCAACUUCCCAUCACUAUUAUUCUUGGAGGAGAGAAUUCAAUUAGCAAAACAAUCUGGAUGUUCUUUAGCAAUCUGGGAAAUUGGUCAAGUUGAACAUUUACUUUGUUAUUUUGGUUGCGAUAGAGUUGGAUUUUUUGCAAACAAACCAAUAACUUAUUUUAGAUUUAGUUUAGAUGGUGAAAGUGAAUGGUGA